AUGACCAUCAAGACGAACGAGCUGCCCUUCAAGCCGGAGCAACCUGCCAAGGCAGACAUUCCCACCUUGCCCAUCGAUCUCAACGAGCACACCAUCACCGAUAUCGUGCACCAAUGCAACGCACGCUCGUCCGAUGUCAGACUCAAAGAAGUUAUGGCAAGCUUAGUCCAACACCUGCACAACUUUGCCCGUGAGGUCAAGCUGAGCGAAGCCGAAUGGAUGGCCGCGCUGCUGUUCCUCACCGAGGUCGGCCAGAUUUGCUCUCCGGUGCGACAGGAAUUCAUCCUGCUAUCCGACAUUCUCGGUCUCUCUGCGUUGGUCGACUCUCAGGCCAAGAAGGUGCCACAAGGCGCAACGGAGCCCACCAUCCUUGGUCCUUUCCAAACGUCAGACGCCACCGAAAUCAACCUAGGAGAAAGCAUCGCCUCGGAAGGCAAAGGCGAAUACAUGUACGUAGAGGGAACGGUCAAAGGUCUCGACGGUCAGCCCAUCGAAGGUGCAUUGAUCGAAACGUGGGAGACGGACGCCGAAGGAUUCUACGACGUCCAGUAUGACGGUCGCACCAAGGCCGACUGUCGCGGCAGGAUUCGUAGCGGACCGGGAGGCGUCUACAACUUUCGCGCUGUUCGCCCUGUGCCCUAUCCCAUUCCGAGCGAUGGUCCGGUCGGCAAACUACUUCAACGUCUCGGUCGACACGUUUUUCGUCCGGCUCAUCUGCACCUCCAGAUCACCGCACCUGGAUUUGCCCCAUUGACCACGGCGCUCUACUUUGAAGGCGACGACUUUCUCUAUUCGGAUGCUGUGUUUGGCGUCAAGACGUCGUUGGUGUUGGAAUUGAAGCAGAUCCACGAUCCUUCGCGCGCCAAGGAGUUGGGUUUCAUUCGCAACGAAGAGCCUUUCUGGCUUUGUCACUAUGAUUUGGUACUUCCCACCGUGCAGGAGGCGGAAGAGGCUAGACAAAGUCAACAGCCACAGUCCUCUUGA